AUGGAGAAGACUACUAAGGCAUUACUUGUUUUCACUGUAUUUCUUAUGGCAUUUCUCAUUGGUGCUGAAGGAGGAAGAGAUGUGCCAAAGAAAGAUGAUCAGCUCUACAAUUCUCAACAUUUCUUUGGCGGCUUAAGCUUUGGCUAUGGUUGGCCAUUUCCUUUUAUUCCAAGUUUUGGAGGCAUUCCUAGCUUAGGACCAUUUGGUCCUAUCCGAGGCAUCCCUGGUUUUGGUCCUGGUAUUGGUCCGGGUGUUGGUCCUGGUACUGGUUCUAGUUAUGGUCUAGGUGUUGGUCCUAGUGGUGGUCCUAGUGUAGGUCUCGAUGUUGGUCCUAGUGUAGGUCCUGGUGGUGGUCCCGCUAUUGGUCCUAGUGGUGGUUCUGGUGUCGGUCCUAGUGCUGGUCCUAAUGUCGGUCCCGAUGCUGGUCCUGGUGUUGGUUCUAGUUAUGGUCCCGGUGUUGGUCCAAGUGUAGGUCCUGGAGUUGGUCCUGGUGCAGGUCCUGGAGUUGGUCUUGGUGCAGGUCCAGGUGUCGGUCCUGGUGUAGGUCCAGGCAUCGGUCCUGGUGUAGGUUCAGGUGUUGGUCUUGGUACUGGUUCUGGUUAUGGUCCUGGUAGUGGUCCUAGUGUUGGUCCUAGCGGCGGCCUUGGUUACGGUUGGAUGAAAGUGCAAGUUUUUCAAUGGGUUGAUGAUGAGAUUUGUCCACGUGGUAAAGUCCUUAUCCCAGAACAGAGGUAG